CGUUUCUUCACCUUGGCAGUUAUCUGCUGCUGCUGCUGCUGCUGCUGCUUCCGAGUGACAUGCUGCACUGAGGUGCUACCGUGUGCCCACCAGCCCAAGCUCCUUUAGAGCCAUCGCUAAGAUCUACCUUGCUUCGUUCGUGUGUGAGAAGUGAGAACUGCUGCUGAAGAGCCAUGGCACCUGCCGUAGGUGGACCAGUUGGGUACACCCCUCCCGAGGGAGGCUGGGGCUGGAUGGUCGUGGUCGGGGCCUUCAUCUCCAUUGGCUUCUCUUACUCCUUCCCUAAGUCCAUCACCGUCUUCUUCAAGGAGAUUGAGGUCAUCUUCAACGUCAGCAGCUCCCAAGUGUCUUGGAUCUCGUCCAUCAUGCUGGCCGUUAUGUACGCAGGAGGUCCUGUCAGCAGUAUCCUGGUGAAUAAAUAUGGGAGCCGGCCCAUCAUGAUGGCAGGCGGGUGCCUCGCCGGUAUCGGCCUGAUCUCUGCCUCCUUCUGUGACACAGUGGAGGGCUUGUAUUUCUGUGUAGGAGUGAUAGGAGGUCUAGGGUUGGCGUUUAAUCUGAAUCCAGCUCUCACCAUGAUUGGCAAAUACUUCUACAAAAAGAGGCCCAUUGCCAAUGGCAUUGCCAUGGCGGGAAGCCCAGUCUUCCUCUCCACACUAGCUCCUCUCAACACCUGGUUCUUUGACCACUUUGGAUGGAGGGGCAGUUUCCGGAUCCUGGGUGGAAUGUUGCUGAACUGCUGUGUGGCCGGUGCCCUGAUGCGGCCAAUCGGGCCCAAGCCUCAGCCCCCAGAGAAGGCCAGCAACAGCACAGAGAGCACCUCGCUGGUCCAGAAGAUCAACGGCUUCAUCGACUUGUCGCUGUUCAAGCACCGAGGCUUCCUCCUCUACCUCUUGGGCAACGUGGUCAUGUUCUUCGGCCUUUUCUCACCCCUCGUAUUCCUCAGCAACUACGCCAAGAGCAAGGACAUCCCCAAGGACAAGGCCGCUUUCCUCCUGUCAAUUCUGGCCUUUGUGGACAUGGUGGCCCGGCCCACCAUGGGUAUCGUAGCCAACACCAAGUGGGUGCGGCCCAGGGUGCAGUACUUCUAUGCUGCCUCAGCGCUCUUGAAUGGGAUCUGCCAUGUGCUGGCACCCCAGUCUGUCGACUACACCGGUUUUAUCAUCUACGCCUUGUUCUUCGGCUUUGCGUUCGGAUGGCUCAGCUCGGUGCUCUUUGAGACACUCAUGGACCUGGUGGGCGCCCAGCGGUUCUCCAGUGCUGUCGGACUGGUGACCAUCAUAGAGUGCGGGCCUGUGCUACUUGGCCCUCCCUUGCUUGGGAGAUUCAAUGACAUCUACCAUGACUACAAAUACACAUACUAUGGCUGUGGAAUCAUUCUGAUUAUAGCAAGCGUGAUCCUGUUUGUAGUCAUGGGGAUCAACUACAGGUUGCUGGAUAAGGAAGCCAAAGAGGAAGCCAAGAAAGCCAAACUGGAGGUUGAGCCCAAGGACAAUGGGGCCAGAGAGCGGGGCCGAACGGACGAGGAUGGCAAAACCGCUGAGGAUGCUGUCUAAUGGAUUCUGACAGCCACAUGUGGGACGUUACGGUGGAAAGCCAGCGGGAGAGAUGAAAACACUCUGCAGUGAAACUUCACAGCAGCUGUCUCCUUUAGAAUUGAUGAAUUUGUUGUGAUUUUGCUUCUUUUUUCUUACCUUCACCAUUUAAGUGUCAGUUGCAAAUAAUAUUGGUAAUUCUACUGAUUGCCACCUCCUGAAGUUAACUCAGGCCUGAGGUAAGGAAGGUAAAUUAAGUGUAAAGAUGUAUUUACUACCAUAUUUGCCAAAUGACAAGAGGACAUACCUCUGACCUCACAGAUCAUCAGUAAGAUUUGUUUCUAUUUUGCCAAAACAUCACCUCGUUUCGUAUUGAAUGUAGGCCUACUAACAACAUUAAAAGACAAUACAACACAAAAAAAAAAUGUUUGAUGUAUGAACAAAGUGAUGUUAGAAUAAUCAGAAUAAUAACUUUUUCAUUAGCCUGAUGCCACAUUCCUUGUUACUUGUGUGAAUUCUUACAUUUCUUUAAAGAUUUUGUUAUACCACCCUGAUAUUUCACUGUCUGAAAAGUGUUUUAGAACAGUUUGUAUGGCUGAGCUAGGCCUAUACUGUAGGUUAAAUGGUUAAAUGUCAGCUUUGUUUUCUUCAGUCUGUGUUAGAAUUUCAACAUGAUAGGUUAUUUAAAUUAUAUGCAAUCAAAUUAAUAACCAACCACUGGAAGUGCAGGGAUACAAAUCUAUAACUCUGAGUAGUUAAACUCAUGUUCUUUGUCGACGAGGGCUAUGCUAUGUUAUGAUGACUGCACAUAAUGGACGUAGACCCAGCUACUAUGAGAAUAAUGUUUUGAAAAAAUAUCAUUGACUGUAUGAAUAAAGAACUUG